UAUAAAUAAUUUCAGUGAUGACUGUAUGAUAAACAACAUAGUAAGGGUUGAUUUUAUUUCUUAGCCUUAGAUUUCAUCAUGUCAGGUAAAACAUAUGACUAUCUGUUCAAACUUCUUUUAAUUGGAGACAGCGGAGUUGGAAAAACAUGUGUACUAUUUCGAUUUUCGGAAGACCAGUUCAAUUCUACAUUUAUAUCAACAAUUGGUAUUGACUUCAAAAUAAGAACUAUCGAACUGGACGGUAAAAAAAUUAAACUACAAAUAUGGGACACAGCUGGACAAGAGCGUUUCAGGACCAUUACUACUGCUUACUAUAGAGGCGCUAUGGGAAUCAUGUUAGUCUAUGACAUCACAAAUUCCAAGUCUUUUGACAACAUUAAAAACUGGAUAAGAAAUAUUGAAGAGCAUGCAUCUUCAGAUGUUGAGAAAAUGAUUCUCGGAAACAAAUGUGAUAUGAAUGACAAGCGGGCAAUAGCAAAAGAAAGUGGGCAAACCUUAGCUGUCGAAUAUGGAAUAAAAUUCAUGGAGACAAGUGCAAAAGCCAGUAUAAAUGUGGAAGAGGCAUUUUAUACUAUUGCAAGGGACAUUAAAAGAAAAAUGGAUAGCAGGAUGGACUCAAAUACAACAGCAAAAAAUACAAUUGUUGUAGCAGAACAAACUAAGCAAAAAACAGGAUUUAUUGAUCGCUGGUGUAGUAUUCUGUAAUGAAACAUCCUAGAUCAAACUGUGUGGCCUGUCAUCACUGCAUUUAAAUGGCAUGAGAUAUUUGUAAUAACAUUAUUCACAAAGGCUUUUGUGCAAACAAAUACCAUGAAUCUAUCAGACGUCAUUAUAAUAUGCACUUAUCGUUAUUAAAGCUGCAGUGUUUUCAGCAAAAACAAGUGCAAUGUUUGUUAAUAAUUCUAUGGAAGGUUGCCCACUACUCGUAUGAACAGCACACUGCUCGGUACUUGGUGAAGGAAAAGCUCUAUUAAUAUUUAUGAACAUGUAAUCAGAAAUAUAUUCGAAAAUGAAAUUAUCGAUAAGUUAUAAAACUAUUCUACCUUUUGAUAAUGAAAAUGUUUUUUGAUUAAUGAUUGCAUCAAUUGCGUUACUCCAAUUAUAAAUUUCAUUGAUGAAAAAAAAUUAGUAUAUCAACCAAGUAGGCAGAUUUUGUUCUCUGAUUUGUUGAACUAAAAUUGGUGAUAUUAUUCAUUAUACACUUGCGCUGCUUUUAUCAGUCAAAGUUUUUUUCAUAUUUGUCAUAAUAUCUGAGGUUACAUGCCAUGUGUGGAAAAGCUGUAUGUGAAUCAGCCAAUUUCUUCACAAAUCAUUAGUAAUAAUAAUAAUACCCCAAAACUUUCCAUAUUUUCAAUAUUGUAUAGUCAUUUGAAUAUUAUCAAGAGUAUUAAAAUGUAUGUAAUAAAAAAUAUAUUUUAUAUACCAUGUAGCAAAACUGAUAGAUGGUAUGAGAGAAAAAAUUCGUCAUUUGUAAGAAAUGAUCUUUCAGCCACUUUUUGAUAAAUAUAAUGGCCUACUAUGUGGCAAAUUAUUUAUUUACCUAUAUAUGUAAAAUAUUUGGGGUAUUUCUGUAGUAAAUUGUUUGCUCAAAUAGUCAUUAUCAUUAAUAAUAUACAUUCAGGUUAAACGGUCCUUCAAGGGGAUUAGCUGAGUAUUAUAAGGUGAAAAUAGUGGUCUAAGUUGUCAAACGUGCAACCCGAGUGAAAAACUCAUUUAUGUUAAAAAGACGUCUUACCUUAUAUUGAUUAACAGUUCAUUUGAAAGCCUGUUCUAGCUGUAACUGUUGGCAACCCUUUUUGUCCAAAUAAUACUGUUCAUUCCAUCUAUCAAGUUUUAACUAGAACCAGUUUUUAUAAAGUGGGUAUUAUCAAGAAUGUAUACUUGACUUUGUGUUCUUAUGCAGAAUAUCUUCAUUUAAGAUUUGAUUCAAAGAUUUCAACAUAAUGUAAAGUAGUCAUUCGAUAUUUGAGACACUGCCCUGUCAACGAACUUAAAAUAUUUUUCACAGAUUUGAAAGAUACCAUCAAUAAAUGCUUGAAGUAUCAUUAUUUAAAUGCUGCUUGUUUUAUUUCAUGUAAGUUUGUUUUAGCCUUUUAUAAAUUGUGGCUUAGUUAGGUAAUGAAUUUUCACUUAUUCACUGGGAUAUUGAAAACGAAUGUAUUUAUAUCGAAAUAUUUAGGUAAUACGACCUGUGUGAACCAUUAAUUUGUAACUCAAGCAAUGUAAAAAGACUUUUAUUCGCAUGCUUCUGCUUCUCAUUUUUUGUAGUGAAAUAUCUCCACCUAACAAUUUUCAUUAUUACUUUAUUGAUUGAAUAUGUAAUGCCUUCUUAAUUAUAUAUACUAGUAAUAUUUUACACUUUUCUUUAUUUGAAGUUGAUCUGCAAAGAUAUUUUCAUGACAAUGCA